UCUAUGAAGUCAGGCAAGGGAAUAUUCAUCUGGGAGACGAUGUCUACCUCUCCGAAACAAAAAUGACGCACCUUUUGAAACUGCCAAGUGACCAGAGAUUCACUAAAGAUCUCAUGCGGUGCAUCUGGUCCAUCGAAGAGCUGCGGCAAAGAAGCGUGACAGGCCAAGCCAGCCGUCGCCUGGCCAAACUUGGAGCCGCAGCAAAGCAAGCACUCACACCAAGGAAGGUGGCCGCAGUAAAAAACGCCUUGAGCUACUACAUCAACCACCACCCAAACCCUGAGGCUGCCAACCCCCAAGAAGACCAUGCUGUCCGCCUGCGACAGAUUAACAAUACAAUGACUAACUUUCUUUCGGAUCUGGGCCGCCCUGCCAGGUGCCGCAGUGCAGAGUGAAUUUUUUCUGUAAAAGAAUGUUGAGUUGGGCAAGUUGGUUUAUCUUAGAUUAGAAAAGCGCCAGAAAACAAGGACAACAGCGCA